UGUAGGACGGUGUACGGUUGUUUAAGUUCUGUGAAUUUUCCCCCACUUGCUUCUAAGUGCCUUUUUUCUGUCUACGGAAAUAUUCCAGUCAUAAGAAGGUGGUUUGAAGAUGUAAGUAAGACUGGAUUGCUGGACCAGAACAAGAGGCUGUUUAUAGAUGGUCAAGAGGUUGCAAUAGUGUACUUCCGCAAUGGAUACAUGCCUCAGAACUACACGGAACAGAGUUGGGAGGCAAGGCUUCUGAUGGAGCGGUCUCUGGCAGUCAAGUGUCCCGACAUCGGCACCCACUUGGCUGGAACUAAGAAAGUGCAGCAGGAGCUAGCCCGACCUGGGGUCCUGGAGAAGUUCUUUCCGGAUGACCCAGAGGCUGUGGCUCAGAUCCGAGCAGCUUUUGCUGGACUUUAUUCCCUGGACAUGGGAGAGGAGGGAGACAAGACUGUGGCUAUGGCCUUGGCAAACCCAGACCGGUAUGUCCUGAAACCCCAGAGAGAGGGAGGGGGUAACAAUAUCUACGGUGCAGACAUCUGCCAGGUGCUGUCAGGAGUGAAGUGCAGCUCAGAAAGGACAGCCUACAUUCUGAUGGACAAGGUCCAACACAUGUCUGAGUGAGCUUGGCAUCUUCGGAGCCUAUGUGAGGUACACACUGCGCUAAAUGAAGAGAUUAGGGCUUACAAUAUUGGGAUGGCAGGUAUGCCAUCCUGCAAUGUUACAGCUUGAUGGGGCGACAUGCCUCAUGUCUAUACAGCACCAAGAGUUUGGAACUUUGCUGGAACAUUUUUCUACAGAAAUAACCACAAUGACCACAGACACUCUGCCCUUAAAAACCUUAACGUCUAUACCUUAUGCCCUCGUGUAAACAGACAGAAUUCACAAACUUCACACGUCCAUGCAAUAGAAUGUUACAUGUGAUGUCUUUUUGUAGGCCAACACGUACGUUUCUUCAUGGGUUCCCUCAGCAGAUUUCUAAUGCUUUUUUCCCUAACAUGGGUUCCCUCAGCAGAUUUCCAAUCCUUUUUUCCCAUAGAGAUUUUGUUUUCUGCCGAAAAUAAGGUCUGUAGUUAAUGUAAACCUAAGAAAGUUUUGUUCUACGAGAUAAAGCUCAACUGUGAAUUUCAAAGCCGUUGUGUGCUUUAAAAAAGUAAGUUGCUGACAAGUCGCUAUAUUGAAACUACAACAACGGUCACAUUUCUGGCUACCGCCGUGCAAAUUUCCAUACUAGCCCACGACAGUUGUGGCCAAAUUUUGAUAUCAAUACUUUUAACGGCAGGCUUAGAUUUAGCAAGUUUUUAUUAAUGACUUGUAGACAGAGCUUUGUAUGCAUGAGUAACUUAGCAUUUUUGGUAUGGUGAAAACAUGUUUUUAUUGAGAUCUUUUACCCUGGUGUAUAUUCAUUUCACCAGGCACUUGUGGAAAUUUAAGCAUCUUUUGCAUUUUAACAUCAAUAGGAAAUUAAAGCUCACUGAAAUUCACAAAAAAUUGCAUGCAAUAAUAAAAUACAGCUUCAGUAUUGAGUGCAAAAGUAACAUUCUAGUCUAUAUACUUAUUUCAAUAUAUUUACUCAUGCUUCAAUGUUUUUUUAUUAAGUAAUCUAAUUUGUUUUGAAACCCAUAGGUGUCAUAAUUAUUGGCACCCCUAACAAUUAUUGUUAGUAAAAUCAAACAAAAUUAAAUUGGCAAUACAAUUUUACUUCAUUUAGUUCAUCUCAGUCUAAUGGAACUAUAUUGUGUCAUUCCAUCACUUCCAGUUUCACUAGAGAAUAAAAAUGAGGUAACAAGCAUACAAAAUCCCUUUGUCAUCCAUCAGCAUGGGAAAAGCCAAAUAACUGUCAAUUCAGAAGAGACCAAUGGUAAUUUACCAUCACAAGUCUGGUAAUGGGUACAAAAAAGACAAACGGUUAAACAUACCCCUUAGCACUGUAAGGGCAAUAAUAAAAAGGUGUAAAACAUAUGUAAUGGUUGCAAAUUUGCCAGGAAGAGGAAGCAAGUGCAUGUUGUCCCCACGGACGGCGAUGAAGAUGGUGAGGGAGGCCAUUUAUAACCCAAGGAUCACUGUUUAAGAAUUGCAGAGAUUUGUUUGUUUCUUGCAGUCAAGAAGUCUAAAAAAAUCAUAAAAUGGCACAUCCAUACCGACUAACUCUUUGGAAGGGUGGCACGAAGACAGACUUACUGAGCACAAUAAACAAAACCAAGAAUCUGGAGCUUGCCAAACCUCAUUGAAAUUAUGACUGGAAGAGAGUGCUAUUGUCAGAUGAGACCAAAAUUGAACGUUUUGGCCAUACACACCAUCAACAUGUUUGAUGGCAAAAGAGGAAUGCACAGGAGAAGCACCUUAUACCUACUGUCAAAUAUGGAGGUGGUUCAUUGAUAUUUUGGAGAUGUUUUGCUGGCAGUGGUCCCAGGGCACUAUUUUAGAUCAAUGGCACAAUGAAUUCAACAAAGUAGCAGGAAAUUCUGGCAGAAAAUUUGGUUGUCUCUGCUAAGAUGCUAGGACUUGAUCAUAGGUAGAUUGUCCAGCAGAACAAUGACUCCAAGCAUACAUCAAAAUCUCAACAGAAAUACUUAAGUGAAAUCAACAUCCAUGUUGUCCAAUGGCCAUCUCAGUCUCCACUUAAAUUCCAUCAAAAACCCGUGGUCUGAACUGAAGAGAGGGGUCCAUAAGCGCAAACCCAAAAAUAUCAAUGAUUCUGGAAAGUUCUACAUGGAGCAAUGGUCAAAAAUCCCUCCAAAUGUGUUCUCUAACCUUAUCACAAAUUAUAGGAAAAGACUCAUGGCUGUCAUCUUUGCCAGGGGUGUUUUCACAAAGUAUUAAACCAGGGGUGCCAAUAAUUGUGGAACCUGUUUUUUGAGGAAAUAUAUAUAUAUAUAUAUAUAUAUAUAUAUAUUUUAAUUUAAGACUUUGGUUGAUUCCAAUCAUUAAUCAAGCACACUAAUUUACACAUGUUGGAAAAUAAAGCUUAUUUCAAUAACUUAUUUUUUAGUUUAGCAUUUUUUUAGCAUUUUCUGUGCAUAUUUAUCAAGGGUGCCAAUAAUUCUGGAGCCCACUGUAUUUCAGUAUCCUGCCGGCUGGGAUAUGUGGAGUUAUGCUGCAGGCUGGGAUAUGGGGGGUUAUCCUGCAGGCUGGGAUACAUCACACUCCUUAGAACAGUGGUCUCAAACUCGUUGCCAUGGCAGGCCGUGUGUAUGCAGGUUUUCAUUCCAACCAAUUAAUGCUGCCUUAAUUGAGUCCAAUUACUCAUUCAGCCACAUGCAUUUAACUGCAUUGAAGCACAGACUAUAAGCACGUUUUU